UAAGUCAUUACAGAGCCAGCGCUCGUCCGAGACUGUCCGCUCCAGCACAGCACAGCACAGCACAGCACCAGCACUCUGCCUGCAUCCCGGCCUUGGCAGUACAGCACAGCCCCGAAGGUGUCGAUCAAGAAGAAAGUUUCCAAACCAAGUGCGCGUCCGUGGUGGAAAGUGUCCAACAAGAGAAAAUUCCAUUGGAGUUCCAUGGAAUUUUAAAAACCAUUCUCAUUAACAACUUGAUCUGCCGACCAGCUAUAGCUAUAGCCGUACAGCGGGGCAACGGCAACGUCGAAGGGAACGCAUGCGCAGAUCUCUCAGCAAAGCCAAACAGAACGGAAAAUAAAUCGUGCAAACAGAAGACGGAGCACCGCCUGUCUCAGCCUCAGUCCCAGUCUCCAUUCGGUCUCCGUCUCCAUUCGGCUUAUUUAAAGGCCGCCAGCCACCGAGUGACAAUCAGAACAAAUCAAGCUGCCAGCCACAGCAGAUCGCGAGUGAAGAGAGAAACAGUGAGCCAAGAUAACGAUACAUACGAGUAUAUGUACACACACACAUAGAUACAUCUGCAAAGAAGAUGUCUUGAGACCUGUCCGAUCGGGCUCCUGCUGAAAACAGUUAAUAAAUCUUGCACAUUCCGUGCAGUAUUGUGAUAUUUAAGCGCUCCGCCUACAGCAGCCACAACCAAUUGGUUUUAACACCUCUUGUUUGACUUGAACACACACAAAGUCCCCACCAACACAAAACACACAAGAUGUCGGCAUCGAAGGAGGCCAUUUGUGGGAGCACCGAGAAGGAUCUCGAGAAGCCGCCAUUAGGAUGCUUUGCCACGCGCUACUUCGUGACCUUCAUGCUCUUCCUGGGCAUGGCCAAUGCCUAUGUGAUGCGCACCAACAUGUCGGUGGCCAUUGUGGCAAUGGUGAACCACACGGCCAUCAAGGUGAACGACGAGGAGGCCGUCGAUGAGUGCGGUGAUCGUGAUUUGCCCAUUGACGAUUCUCAGGAUGGCGAGUUCGCUUGGAGUUCGAGUCUCCAGGGCUACAUCCUGUCUUCCUUCUUCUACGGCUACGUAAUCACCCAGAUCCCCUUCGGCAUACUGGCCAAGAAGUACGGCUCGCUGCGCUUCCUCGGCUACGGCAUGCUCGUGAACUCGGUCUUUGCCUUCCUGGUGCCCGUGGCUGCUCGUCAGGGCGGCGUCUGGGGCCUGUGCGCCGUUCGCUUCAUUCAGGGGCUGGGCGAGGGACCCAUUGUGCCCUGCACCCACGCCAUGCUGGCCAAGUGGAUUCCGCCCAACGAGAGGUCCCGCAUGGGUGCCGCCGUGUACGCGGGAGCUCAGUUCGGAACGAUCAUCUCUAUGCCGCUGUCGGGUCUGCUGGCUGAAUAUGGCUUCGACGGUGGCUGGCCAUCGAUCUUCUACGUGUUUGGCAUCGUGGGCACCGUGUGGUCCAUUGCAUUCCUCAUCUUUGUGUACGAGGACCCCAGCGCCCAUCCCAAGAUCGAUGAGCGCGAGAAGAAGUACAUCAACGACGCUCUCUGGGGCACGGAUGUGGUCAAGAGCCCUCCCAUUCCGUUCAAGGCCAUUCUCAAGUCGAUGCCCUUCUACGCCAUUCUGUUCGCCCACAUGGGCCACAACUACGGCUACGAGACUCUGAUGACGGAGCUGCCAACGUACAUGAAGCAGGUGCUCCGCUUCUCCCUGAAGUCGAACGGUCUGCUGAGCUCGCUGCCCUACCUGGCCAUGUGGCUCUUCUCCAUGUUCAUCUCGGUGAUUGCCGACUGGAUGAUCAGCUCGAAGCGCUUCACCCACACAGCCACCAGGAAGCUCAUCAACAGUAUUGGCCAGUACGGACCGGGCAUAGCGCUGAUUGCCGCCUCCUACACGGGCUGCGACCGGGCUCUGACCCUGGCCAUUCUCACUAUCGGCGUGGGCCUCAACGGUGGCAUCUACUCGGGCUUCAAGAUCAACCACUUGGACCUGACGCCACGCUUCGCCGGCUUCCUCAUGGCCAUCACGAAUUGCUCGGCGAAUCUGGCGGGUCUGCUGGCACCCAUUGCGGCGGGCAAUCUGAUCAGCGAUCACACAAAGCCCAUCAUGGGACAGUGGCAGAUUGUGUUCUUCAUUGCCGCCUUGGUGUACCUCAUUUGCGGCACCUUCUACAACAUCUUCGGCUCCGGCGAGCGCCAGUACUGGGACAAUCCCGAGGGCGACGAGCAGAAGGCGGCUCUCAGCAACGGAGCGAAUUCCUCACCAGCAAGGCUGAGCAUGCCACAGGCCAUCACCGCUACCGAGUCCAGGCAGUAGUAUUAACCUGUGACCUCUGUGCACACACGCUUAGAAUUUAGUUCUUGUUUUAGUUAUGUAUGUGUUAAGCAAAAUGUUGUUACUGCGGAUAGUCAGCCAUCAUCGAUAGAUAUUCCUCAGAUAUAUAUUCCCAAUAAGCCUCAACCGAUUCGCAGAAUAAAAAGACAGCAAUCAUAAAAGGAAAAUUGUUAGAGUAAACCAAACCCAAAGUCGCAAAGCAGUUGGGCGAAUCGAGGAGCGAGUGCUACCAUUGUAAAUGAAUAUAUUUAAUUUUCCUAUGUGAUAGAGACAGAGUUUUGUCUUCUAACUUCAAUUGAAAUGAUCCGAAGAAGGGAACGCAACCAAAUAUAUUAAAGAAUUAAAAAGUAUCAUAGCUUAAAGC